AUGGAUAAUUAUAGAAGAGCAUAUCACAGUGGCUCUUGGUAUACCAAUAAAAGAGAGGUGUUGAAAACAAAAAUUGAGGAAUCAUUUAAAAGGGCAAACGUACAAAAGCAAAAUGUCAAGGCAGCCAUAUGCCCCCAUGCGGGAUAUGACUAUGCUUUGGAAACAAAUUCUCACGUGUAUGCAAGCAUAGAUGUAGAAAAUGUGAAGAACAUUUUUAUCCUUGGCCCAAAUCACCACAUUUAUAAUAAAGGUUUUUUAUUUCCUCGUGUUGAUAAAUAUGAGACACCAUUUGGAUUUUUACAAAUAAAUAAACAGAUUAUAUCAGAUAUAAUAAAAAGUGAUACACACAAUUUGUACAAUUUUAUCGAUCCAGAUGAUGAUGAAGAAGAACAUUCUAUAGAAAUGCAAUUGCCACUUAUAAAAUAUAUUAUUAAAGAUAAGGAUAUAAAAAUUGUACCUAUAUAUGUAGGUUCCAUAGGAAAUGAUUUAAAAAAAAUAGACCUAUUUGCUAAUCCUUUAAAAAAAUAUUUCCUAGAUCAAUGCAACUUGUUUUUAUUUUCUUCUGAUUUCUGUCACUAUGGACCAAGAUUUAGAUUUACGAAUAUAUUACAAAAAUAUUCGGAUACAUUUAUUUUUAAACAAAUUGAAAAUAUGGAUAAGGAUGCGGUCAAAAUAAUUAGCCAUCAUGAUUUAACAGGAUUUGUUGAUUACUUGAAUGAAACGCAUAACACCAUUUGCGGAUCGAAUCCCAUUAAAAUUAUGCUAAACUUACUUCAACAUUAUACAGCAUCUGUUUCCACAAAAUUAAUGCACUACUCUCAGUCAAACCAUGCUAAAUGUAGGAGCGAUUCUUCCGUUUCUUAUGCUGGGGUAAUUUCCACUGUAAAUUAA